AUGUGGCUCACAGCGCUUCUCCCCGUGCUAUUCCUGCUUGCCCACGCUUCGGGCUCAGCCAUCCCCUUCUUGGUCUCCCGAGACAAUGACAUGUCCGUAGCCAAUACAACGGAAAUAGAGUCGAUGGCUCAGCGGCGCCGAGCCGACCUUGCCACCUUCCCGGACCCAGCCUGGUUCCCUCAGAUCGAUACGUGGCUGGCGAGCCAGAAAGACGGCGUCUGGGAUGAUGUCAACUAUACAUCCGGCUGUUCGGCCCAACGCGCAAACUGGCCCAUCCAAUUUCACUGGACGCGCUUGCUGACGUUUGCUGCUGCUUGGUCUGGCUUGAACCCCAGUGUGCCUCAGAAUUACAGCAACAGCCCCGAGCUUCUGUCUGCGGUACAAGCCGGUCUCGACUUCUGGGCCGCGAACGACUACAACAGUACCGACUGUAUCGGGCACGGCGGAGUCGCCAACUACUCUUGCCCUUGUGGAACACCUGGACUAUGGAAUACUAACUGGUACGGCCAGACCAUCCUCUUGCCCCAGCUGGUGGCUCCUACCUGCCUCCUCGUCUCCACCUCUGGCAACCUGACCGACUCUCAAAUGUCUCUCUGCAGUCGCAUACCCGAGAGAGGAUACCGUUACAACGAACUCACACCUGGCUCGGACCCCAUGACUGGAGCCAACAUGGUCAAUAUCAUGCUCAACUCUAUGACCUGGGCUCUAUACUCGGGCAAUGAGACUAUUCUGCGGGAUGCCAUGACACAAUCCAUGGGUGCUGUCGUCUUCAGCGACAAUACCACAGAAGACGGCAUCCAUCGUGAUGGCAGUUUCCUUCAACACGAAGGCGUGCUCUACAAUGGCAACUAUGGCAAAGAUCUCCUCAACGCAUUCAUUGCACUGGAAGGUCCAGCCAUUGGAACCCAGUAUGCUGCCAGCAACGACUCUCGCGCAGCGCUCUCGACCCAAGUCAGAGGUUCCGAGUGGAUGAUCUAUGUAGACCAAGAGACAAAGCAAGAACACUGGGACUUUAACGUCAUAGGGCGCUUUGUGGCUUUCCCCUCGACCGACCUUAUCCAGGCCACCUCAGAUAUCCUCUUCAACGCCACCAAGCUUGCUGCAGCUACAUUCGACUUUGCAGACGAAUACAGUGUGGCCGAUACUGUUCAAAGACUCAAUAGCAAUGGCUCUGAUCAUCUGGUGGGCAACAAGGUGUUCUGGGCAUCCGACUAUGUGAGUCACCGUCGCGAAAACUACAUUAUCGGCUCCAAAAUGCUUUCUACCCGUUCUCUCGGCACAGAGACUGCCAACAGCGCCAACACCCUUGGUCACUGGCUCGGCCAAGGUACUCUCUUCUCCUACGUCUCUGGCAACGAAUACAAGGACAUUCAGGCCGAAUGGGACUGGCAGUUGGUGCCAGGCGUCACUAGCCUGCUGAGUGAUGAUAACGGGGGUGUAAAUCUGACACACAAGAACAUUGGGCCACCAGGGAAGAAGAGCUGGGUCGGUGGAGUUAGUGAUGGAUCGUUGGGUGUGGUGGUGAUGGACUGGGAAGAUGUGAGGAAUGCAAGCUGGGGUUACAAGAAGGCGUGGUUCUACGUGGAAGAGGGAGUGAUUGUGACGGUCGGUGAUGUGUUCAAUGAUGGAUCUGCUGAGGGGCAAGUCAUCACUGCUCUAACCCAACGGGCAUCCACCGACAGCGAGAUCUAUGUCGAUGGCGCCUCUUUCGAUUCCAACAAUGACUCCACUUCUGCCCACACUCUCUUUUACCAAGACACGGGCUACGUCGCCUACGAUACGCCCUUCAAUCUCAAAAUCACGAAUGGUGAAAAAAAACGGCAAUUGGCUAGCACUAGCAUAUUCUCUGCCUACACUUCCCAUGGCGACCUCGCUGUUGCAGCAGGAUCCAGCCAGACUUGGAGUUAUGGCAUGUUCCCUGCUUCGAGCAAGAAGAAGGUGCAGAAAGAGCACAAACAUCAGAGCUACCAUCCCUUCCAGAAUGACGGGGUGUGGGGCAUCCACGGCCACGAUACUCUUGGGCUGGUCUUUUGGCCCGGAUCGUCUUUGGCUUUUGGCUCAGAAGUUGCGACGGCCUUUGGUGGCUACCCCAAUGGAUGGGUCAACAUUACCUCUUCCGAGCCUGCCGCUCUCCUGAUGACCACCUCGGAGGAUGGGACCAUGAACAUCAACAUUGCCGACCCAUCUCAGACAGUCCAGAGUUUGGACUUGACUUUCCAAUUUGACGAUGGGGCGAAAUUGGACUGUGUGGAUGAAGGCUGUGAAGUGGACGGGGAUGUGGUGAGGUUUAUAGGUGUCCAAUUGUCUACUGGUGGCUGGGCAGGUGACUCUGUGAGCUUGAAGACCAAGUGGGCUUGA